AUGGGUACCAAGAAACGUAAGGAGUCGUCGGCUGCAACCGAACAGCCUCUGAAGAAAAGCAAGAAAUCAAAGACCACCGACAAGAAGGAUGCGUCCGAAACCGAGCUCAAGAAUGCCGCUGCGAUUGCUGAGCCCAUCAAAGUCUUGAAAGUCACGUCCGAUGACAAGCAAGAAACCCCCCCAUCCGACAGUGUCGCUGCAAAGAAGUCAAAAAAAUCCCGCAAACGAGCUUCCGACUUCAUGAAUGAUGAUGGGUCACUGGUGCCAGCAGACACUGCAGGUACAGCUGAGGGGGACAAACCUGCCGAUAAUAUCGUCGAGCCAGUCAAGAAGUCAAAGAAGGAGAAGAAGGACAAGAAGGACAAGAACAGCAUCAAUGGCGAGACCCUCACUGCUGAUGGCGUCAAUGGCGUGAUAGAGCAUAUCGGGGCGGAGAAUCUCGAGACUGCAACCUCGCAUAAACCCGUGUCCACUUCAAUGCAGGCGGAGGCCGAACGGACCCUCGAGCAUGAGCUUGAAGAGGAGUUUGGUGGCUUUGCCAGUGGGGACGACCAGGAGGCUGCUGCCGAGGUCGAGGCAGAUGACAAUGCCGCCGCUCUACUGGCUGGAUUUGACAGUGACACCGAGGACAAGCAAGAAGACGAACGGUUCGACUUUGGAACAACGCCUCCUUUGCCCAAAUCGAAGAAGACCCAAAAGAAGUUGGAGAAAGCCAAAGCAAAAGGCAAUGACAAUGGUCCCGGAACUGUCUAUGUUGGCCGCAUACCUCAUGGAUUCUACGAGAAGGAGAUGAGGGCUUACUUUUCUCAAUUUGGAGACAUCACCCGACUGCGGCUGUCCCGAAACAAACGCACUGGCGCGUCGAAACACUUUGCCUUUAUCGAAUUCGCUUCCAACGAGGUCGCAAAGAUCGUGGCGGAGACUAUGGACAAUUAUCUGAUGUUCGGUCACAUUCUCAAGUGUAAAUACGCCGAAUCCGGUUCUUUACACCCUGAUGUCUGGAAAGGCGCAAAUAAGAAGUUCCGGAAGAUCCCUCACGAGAAACUCGAACGGGAGCGUCUUGCCGCACCCAAGACGGAAGAGCAGUGGCAGAAAAAAAUUGAGAAAGAGCAACGCAGACGGGACAAGAAGGCCAAGAAGAUGAAAGAGAUCGGGCUAGACAUGCCGUCCUCAACUUUGACAACGCCUUCAACUGCCUUGAGCCAGAAGUUGGCCGCUGGGGAGGGACUGAAACAAAUUGAGAAUGAGCAGGAUGCCCCUGCUCUGGCUAUUCAGCCCGCAAGUGAUCUGUCUGACGACAAAGUUGCCGUGGAAGAAGGCAAGAAGUCAAAGAAAGAAAAGAAAAAGAAUAAAACCAAGAAAGGCAAGACAGACGAAGCUGGUAUCGCCUUGAAUCCCACGUUAGUGUCAGAGUCCACGGAGACGCCUGCUGAAGGUGAAGCCCACAGCACUGCUGCCGAAGGUGAGGGAGAGCCGCAAAGUGCGGAGGCAAAACCCACUAUCAGUCCGACUGAUACAGCAGAUCAAAGUGCAACAACAACCUCAAACGACAUGUUCAAGGCCGAGAGAAAGGCAUUGAAGAAGGCAAAAAAGGCAGCCAAGAAGUCUAACGGUGUCGCUGAGUCUGGUGAGACCGUGCAAACGGCUGAAGAAUCUGCUCGAGUUCCUGCGCCAGACGUAGCAGCAGAUGCCAAAGCAGAGCUCGCAGCUGACUUCAUCUCACUUGGUCAACUCGAUGACAGCGAGGGCAAUCCGAAGUCGGGUUCGAGCCCGGCUGAUGGCAAGAAAUUAAAACCUUGGAAGGUAAAGAAGCCCAAGAAGGAACGCAAGAAUCUUGUCAAAGCUCGAGGGCCAAAAUCUAAACUGGUCUCCACGAAGCCGAAGCCAGACCCCAACGCCACGGGUAAGAUUCCGGGUCUUCCGCUUCUGGGCAAGGGCAAGUACGACAAAGCCACACGUUUGGCGCAUAAGGAAAUGAAGAAGAAGCUUCUUGCCGAACGUGCAGUCAGGGGCGGAAGAAGCCGUGGUGCAGCUGGAGCUCAGGAUUAG